UCACCUCAAGACUGUAUUUCUCUACCUUUGACUAAGCGAAAAACAGCAAAAAUGGAGGCACAGGACACGAUGAACGCCAACAACGAGCUCGUGAGCUUGGACGACAAGGUUACCGCCUCUACUCCGGCCGCUGGCUCUCUUUCGAAGCCCAAUUCGAAGAACGACAUGGCUGCCACCAAAGCGGACGCCAAUGGUGCAGCUCCUGCUUCCUCGGAAGCCAAACCCGAGGAAGGGGUCUCGGCUGACGGAAAGACGCACAAGCGCGCCCAGCGGAUUUUUGCGGGUGACUUUUACAGCAGCCGGCCGCCCGUGACCGUGGAAAGCAUGUUGCGCGAAGAGCUGAAGGAUUCGACUCCGAACCAGCCGCCGCGGAAGGUGCGCGAGUACCUGAAGAAGAUGGGCAAGCCGAUGACGUCCUGGCAAGACCAGAACACGCAACGCCAAAUCAUCACCAUGAUGUUCAACGACAUGGUAGAUUUUCAUUUUUCACAUAGACACUUGCAUAUAGUACACAUGCAGCGCAUGUUUCAUGCAUUAUUUUGAUUUUGAUUUUGGCAAAGUGAAAGUGAUGCUGCUACCGCCCUGAGCACUCUUUUUCUUUCUGUGGAGCAACGAUGUUGAAAAUAAUGAAUUUAAAAAAACCACCACGACAGAUGAGCAACGACAUCGUCAAGCAGGAGAAGAAGAAGGAGCAGCGCAAGACCAAAGACCAGCAGGCUCUGAGUGCGAUUUUGACCGCUUUCACCGACCCGGCGGGCGGGAGCUCAUCUUCCUCCGCGCAGAACUCGAACAGCGCGGACUCGUCCUCCGCCACCGAGCGCCAAAACUCGGCGACCGAGAGCGCCAGCAGCAGCAGCGCUGGCCGGUACACGACGAACAGUACCGCCUCGUCCACCACCCGCCUGGACAGCCUGGCCAGCUACAUCGUAAACUUCCAGGAGGAGGCGAUGCUGCAGAAAAACAACCCGCGAUUCCGUGCCCCGCCCGGCUUUUACGGGGGCAACAAUGGGAACAACACGCAAUCCAGCAACAACGGUACGGCGCAGAAGUCCCGCUCGCCGAAGGGCCGGGGACGCGCGACUUCGCAGGCGGAGUUGUCCUUCAACGCGCGGGCGGCGCAGCGCAAGCUGGACACGCUGCACGGUAAUACUUCGACGUCCUCGCCGAAGCCCGUCACUUCGCCGGUGCUGCAGCCCGUGAUCCUUUCCUCGUCGACGGGAAAGUCCUCGAAGAAGGCUGUUGGGGCGGUCGAACUUCCGCCGACCGGCAACGCCGUCGCGGACGAUCUGCAGCGCGCGUUUUCCCUGAUGAAGGAUAAAAACUCCAGUAGCAAAAACAAGACUGGCUCGAAGAAGCUGCAAGAUCAGGUGGAGCAGGAAACCAUGUCUGGGUCUGUCUCCUCCUCGUCCUCCACAACUGCGGACGAAAACUGGCGGGAAAGCAACUGGCGGGACACGACCAGCGCCAACAAGAACUUUGAAAGCGACCCGAAAUUUCGGAGCGUCGGGAACUACACUGACGCAAACAAGAAGACCGGAGAGGGCUACAACUACAAUUCGACUAAGUCGUACAACAACUACAAAACGAUUGGCAGCAGCGCGCCAGGAGCUCCGACGGCCUUUUCCAGCUCCGCGACCCCUUUCUUCGCGCCGGCGGCCCGCGACAGUGGUGCUGGCGCAGCUGCUGGUGAUGCUGUGCCUGCAGACUCCACUGCAACGCCGCAAUCGUCGUCCCCGCAGCUGGCCGUGCCGGGCAAAGGCGACAAGAAGAUUUUGACGAUCACCCGUGACCCGGCCGCCAUCUACCUGACGCAGAGCGGUGACUACUUGGUUGUCGACGAGGACAAAAAGACACAAGCUGCUGGCGGCGCCGCGCCGUUCGGGGCGCCGCCGGCGUACUACGGGGGCGCAGCAGCAGCUGCGCAGUACCCGUACGGCAUGUAUCCGCCGCCGCCAGGCCCUCCGGGCGCCAACCCCGCGGCGUACCAGCAUCAGGUGCAGCAAGCUGCCAUGAUGCGUGUCCAGCAGCAAAUGGCGUCCAUGUAUUAUGCGAACCAGUACGCGCAUGCCGCCGCCAUGGCGCAGUACCACGAGGCGCACGCCAAGCAGGUCGCUGCCGCGCAGGCCGCCUUGAUCGAUUCCAGUGGCGCGAAGAAGAAGCAAGCCUCGAAGGAGCAAAACGAAAAUUCCGCAACGCCGGUCGAGUUCACUCCCGGUGCGGCGACGCAUGUGCAGAAGCAGCCGAACAAAGCUUUCGCGAUCACGAAGCCCGGUGCAGCUAGUGCUUCUACCGCUGCUCCGUCCCGGGCCAGCGACAGCGCGCCGCCGGGCCUAGAAAUCGACGAGGGUGUGGAUUCGGCCGAGAAAAUGAAGGCGUCGGGCCGUCUUGCCAAGGGGUCUGUGGUCAACCACAUUAAACGCGAUGGCGUUCCGGUUAACAAAACGGAUGCCGGCGUGAUCGGGUCGCCGGUAUAACUGAAGAUAUAGUUUUGUUGUUGCAAGCAGAAAUAUAUUCAUUAUUGAAAACCGGAAGUAAAUGUAGAGGUGUCCUUCAAUGCUUAGCUUUUCUGAUUAGGACAAAUUGAAACUUCUACUUCCUCAAUAGCGGCUGAUUUUACAUGGUCAACGCACUGAACUCAAACUCAUUGAAACAAAAUCAAAAUUUUGCUUAUUAAGUAUAUGAAUUUGUAGUUGAAGAUCCACCUCCAUCGUUGAAAUGAAACUCAACCCAGGUCGCCUCGCCGUGGAUGCCGGAAGGAACCUCCGUGAGCCCGGAGGACUACUCGUAUGAAUCUGGUAGCCCGGCCGCCGACGCCAGCAACCCCUGGGCCGCCGCAUACGCGGCCGGAGCGUAUGCACAAUACUACGAUCCUUCGCAGGCCUACGACCCGGCAGCAUGGGCCGCGUGGUACGCAGGUUCUGGAAAUGCCGCCGCGGCCUCGUGGCCGGGAGCUCCUGCUACCGCCACAGCAGCGGACCCGGUAAAAGCGCAGGUGCAGUAA